CGACUAACUAAUUGUUGGUCAACGGCGAACGACCAAACCAGGAGUAGCAGAUAGGAGUCAGUGCGGUCAGACAAAGCACUAUUACCUCUUUGUCUGUUCGCGCCCAUUAGCGCAGAAUAUCAAUACAACCUUCGAGAGAACCUUUGUUUAUCGCCCUGCGUGAACAAGCUUCCGUAUAGGCGCGAUGGCAGCUUUUGUGCGCAGGCAGUUGAAUCAGCUCAAAUCGAAGGAGUUUCGAAAUUAUUUAUGCAGCACGCAUUUUUGGGGCCCCGUAGCCAACUGGGGUCUGCCAUUAGCAGCUCUCGUCGAUAUCAAAAAAGACCCGGAGUUCAUCAGCGGAAAAAUGACCCUUGCAUUGGCCGUAUACUCCGCAGUCUUUAUGAGGUUCGCGAUUAAGGUUGAGCCUAGAAAUAUGCUCCUAUUUGCUUGCCACUUCACCAACGAAGGAGCCCAGCUUACGCAAUUUGGCAGGUUUAUUAAGUACCACUACUUAGGUGGUUCGGACAAAUCGAGAGCCGCAGGUGAAUCACCCCCGAAAGCUGCGUAGUAGUAAGCUAUGGAUAGUUUGCACAGCAAAUAGCUAGCUAGGCCACGUGUAAUAAAGUAAAUGCAAGCGCUAGCUUCUUGCGGAAAAUAGUAUAGCACAGUUAAGAGGGGAGGUAAAAUAGACUACGACGAGUGCACAAUGUAAGCUGCCGUAUUCUAGUUGAGAUUUAAUUAGUACAUGGAAGAAAACAGACGAGCUUUAGAGAUGCAAGGUGGGGCCUGAGCAAAUGUCAAGCUCAGCAAAGAAGACGAGCGUAUAUUUCAGCGAUCCUUGCUUUUUGUUAUGAGUAACGUAAUGAAGGCGCACCAUUUCCAGAGAAAAUUUCCCUAUAAAAUUUUAAAAAACAGACUAGCUUGUAACACCGUACAGCAGGAGCAGCAGCAGCAUUUUGCCCUUCUGCAGAAGGGCUCACCACAUAAACUGGGGCAGGAAAGGGCAACUAGGCCUAUCGUUGUGGGAUAAGAGAGUUUUCACAUAAAAUAUGAAACCAAUUCAAAAGAUUAUCGAUGUUCAAAAAGUUGCAAGUGAAAUUCUAGUACAUAAUAUGAUGGAAUGCAAUUUUGCCAAUACCAAAGAUCUGCUUAGAUCUGCUAACACAGAUGGCCAGUGCAUUUCGUAUGAUUCCAUUUAAAGAUUCUAUCGAGCACAAUAUCAAGUUGUGCAGUUGUUCAAUAUUCUAUCGUAAUGUACCACAUAAGCACCCGCUGUGUCUGCUGACGACAAAAAGCAAAGAGCUGAUAGAAUCAAAAAGCGAAGUCUGCCUCAUUGAGUCUAUGUUUGUUCUUUACUUAAUAUUAAUAGUAAUAAUUAGCUAUACCGUUGCGAAUACUAACUAAUUUUAAUUACCAUUCAGGACAUUCCCCUAGAACAUAAUCUCCACACAUUUAUAGAUACGAACAUUGUCUUUUGCUAUAUCAGCAACCCAAUUGAUAGUGAACAAAAUAUCUAUCCAUUGAUCGAUGUCACAUUAUCACGAGACUAUAGGACGAACUUUACAUGUGCGGGUGUCACAAUGCAACAAUGACAUUUCUCUAUUGCAACGUACGCAUAUGUUGCGGAUUAUACCACACCAGCCUUUCCAAUAGUGAACUGCUAACAACAUUCGGUAGCAUGAGCAACUUUAUGAUGAUGACUUACUUAGAAUUUGAAGAGGAGCUGAGAUAAAAGGCUUCUGGCGCAUCGAUACCGCCGAGAUUAAAUUUUUGAUGGUUAAGAAUAUAGAGAUAAGGAAAAAUGUUAAUCUGUUUUAGGUACCUGAUUUAAAAUAAUUUUUCUGGCUAAAAAGGAAAAGAUCAUUCUAACUUGGUUUUAUGAUGAAUUAUUGUGCAGACUUAAUUUUUACAAACAGUUUAAGAUAUUUUCUGAUUAUUGUAAGAUUAGAAAUGCAACUAUCACAGGUUCAAUUUUCGAGGUAUGUGUUGCUCGAAUCGUUAACGUUUAUCGGACAUGUUUAUAUGACAAUGCUUCAUUGCCCGAAUGAUUAGUUGUCAAUUUAUAGUUGAAAUAUAUAAAGUGAAAUAAAUUUUAUAGAAACUGA